CCUGCAGCGAGAGGGAGAGAGAGCGAGCGAGAGGAGGAGAGGGAGGGAGAGAGGAGGGAGUCUGUCUGCAAAGUGCUGCUCCCUGGUGCUCAGAGGCGGCUGCUCCAUCUCCAACUCUCAUUCAUUUCUCCGGUUAACAUGAGAGAUCAUGGCCGCCUUCGGGCUUCUCAGUUAUGAGCAGAGACCUCUGAAACGACCCCGACUAGGGCCGCCUGACGUCUACCCCCAGGACCCAAAGCAGAAGGAGGAUGAACUCACUGCAGUGAAUGUAAAGCAAGGCUUCAAUAAUCAACCUGCUUUCUCUGGUGAUGAGCAUGGCUCUGCUAAGAAUAUUGUCAUUAACCCAUCCAAGAUUGGAGCUUAUUUUAGCAGCAUAUUAGCAGAGAAACUGAAGUUAAAUACUUUCCAGGACACAGGAAAGAAGAAGCCACAAGUUAAUGCUAAAGAUAAUUAUUGGCUGGUGACUGCUCGAUCCCAGAGUGCAAUUCACAAUUGGUUCUCAGAUUUAGCAGGAAAUAAACCACUUGCUAACUUAGCAAAAAAGGUUCCUAUCCUCAGCAAAAAAGAGGAUGUUUUUGCAUAUUUAGCAAAAUAUUCAGUGCCAUUGCUUCGAGCAGCAUGGCUGAUCAAGAUGACGUGUGCCUACUAUUCUGCUAUUUCUGAGGCUAAGAUUAAGAAGCGUCAGGCAACUGAUCCGAAUAUGGAAUGGACCCAAAUCUCCACCAGAUACCUUCGAGAACAAUUGGCAAAGAUUGCAGAUUUUUAUCACCUGGCCUCAGCUCCAGGCAAUGGCUCCAUGGUUAUGCCGCAGGAUGUGGAACAAGCAUUGAAACAGUGGGAGUACAAUGAAAAACUGGCAUUCUAUAUGUUCCAGGAAGGAAUGCUUGAACGGCAUGAAUACUUGACCUGGAUCCUAGACGUCCUGGAAAAAAUCAGACCAGUGGAUGAUGAUCUUCUGAAACUACUACUACCACUAAUGCUGCAGUAUUCAGAAGAGUUUGUUCAGUCGGCUUAUCUGUCCCGCCGUCUCGCUUACUUCUGUGCCCGGCGCCUCUCUCUCCUGCUGAACGACAGUCCUAAUCUCUUAGCUGCACAUUCACCUCACAUGAUGAUCGGCCCAAACAAUCCAGGUCUGUCAGCAUCAAGCCCUGCUGCCCCUGGGCCGGUAAUGAGCCCAGUGCAGCUGUCCGGAUCGGACUUGCUGUCCUGCCCACAGCAUCGUCCGCUGGUUUAUGGACUUAGCUGCAUGCUGCAGACUGUAACUCUUUGUUGCCCAAGUGCCUUGGUGUGGAAUUAUUCCACAAAUGAAAAUAAAAGCGUUAACCCGGGCUCUCCUCUGGAUUUACUUCAAGUUGCUCCUUCCAGUUUGCCUAUGCCAGGUGGAAAUUCAGCAUUUAAUCAACAGGUUCGGGCAAAGAUCUAUGAGGUGGAGCAGCAGAUAAAGCGUCGGGGCCGGGCCGUAGAGGUUCGAUGGUCUUUUGACAAAUGCCAAGAAUCAACAGCAGGAGUCACUAUCAGUAGGGUCUUGCACACUCUGGAAGUCCUAGAUCGCCAUUGUUUUGACAGAUCCGAUUCCAGCAAUUCAAUGGAGACACUGUAUCACAAAAUUUUCUGGGCCACCCAGAACAAGGACAACCAAGAGGUGGCUCCAAAUGAUGAAGCUGUGGUGACUUUGCUGUGCGAGUGGGCCGUGAGCUGUAAAAGGUCUGGGAAACAUCGAGCCAUGGCCGUGGCCAAGCUUUUGGAGAAGAGGCAGGCUGAAAUUGAGGCGGAACGUUGUGGUGAAUCCGAAGUCUUAGAUGAGAAGGAGUCUCUUUCUUCAGCCUCUCUUGCUGGGUCCAGCCUGCCUGUAUUUCAGAAUGUCCUGCUUAGAUUUUUAGACACCCAAGCUCCCUCACUGUCUGACCCAAAUAGUGAAUAUGAAAAGAUAGAAUUCGUGAAUCUGGUGCUGCUAUUUUGUGAGUUUAUCCGGCAUGAUGUUUUCUCCCAUGACGCAUACAUGUGCACGUUGAUAUCUCGAGGGGACUUGUCCCUAAGUGCCACGACUCGUCCGCGGUCUCCACCCGGGGAAAAUCUGGAUGAACAUUAUUCAAAAGACAACGAUGUGAAAUUAGAGGAACAUAACAUUAUGGAACAUAUGGGCAUUGACUCAGGAACCGCUAAUAUUUUUGAUGACGUAGACAAGAGUGACUUUAAAACUGACUUUGGUUCAGAAUUUCCAAUUUUUUCUCCUAUGCCUGGAGAGUCCUGUGAGAAUGCCAACUCAUCUUUAGACCGAAGAAUUUCAGUGAAUAGUGAGAAGAUGGUGAAGAGAGAAAAACAGAGGGAAUUAAUAUUCCCAUCCAAUUAUGACCUCCUCCGGCACCUGCAAUACGCCACACAUUUCCCUAUCCCUCUGGAUGAAUCUUCAAGUCAUGAAUGUAACCAGCGUACGAUUCUGCUCUAUGGUGUUGGGAAAGAGCGUGAUGAGGCAAGACAUCAGCUGAAGAAAAUUACUAGAGAUAUCCUGAAAAUCCUUAACAAGAAGAGCACGCCUGAAUGUGGGGUUGAGGAUGAAGGACAAAAAGCCAGGAAAAGCAAACAAGAGACCUUUCCUACGCUGGAGACUGUAUUUACGAAACUACAACUCCUCUCGUAUUUUGACCAACAUCAAGUCACAUCUCAGAUCUCUAGCAAUGUACUAGAACAGAUAACCAGCUUUGCUUCAGGAACAUCCUACCAUCUUCCCCUGGCACACCACAUUCAACUCAUCUUUGAUCUUAUGGAGCCAGCUUUGAACAUCAAUGGGCUAAUUGACUUUGCAAUACAGCUGCUCAAUGAGUUGAGUGUGGUCGAGGCAGAAUUGCUUCUGAAAUCCUCCAGUUUGGCAGGAAGCUACACGACAGGCUUAUGUGUGUGCAUUGUGGCUGUGCUGAGACGCUACCAUGCCUGUCUCAUCCUGAAUCCAGACCAGACUGCCCAAGUGUUUGAAGGAUUGUGUGGUGUUGUUAAGCAUGUGGUCAACCCAUCAGAAUGUUCCUCUCCCGAAAGAUGCAUCUUAGCCUACCUCUAUGAUCUUUACGUGUCAUGUAGCCAUCUAAGAAGUAAAUUCGGAGACCUCUUCAGUAGUGCCUGUUCAAAAGUAAAGCAGACCAUCUACAGCAAUGUGCAGCCUUCAAAUUCCAACUUAUUAUGGGACCCUGAGUUCAUGUUGGAUUUCAUCGAGAAUCCUUCUGCUCAUAAUGUCAACUAUUCCAUGCUGGGCAAAAUACUCAGUGACAAUGCAGCUAACCGCUAUAGCUUUGUGUGCAACGCACUCAUGAAUGUAUGUAUGGGGCAUCAGGAUGCAGAGAGAAUUAAUGACAUUGCCAAUCUUUGUGCUGAGUUGACGGCUUGCUGUACUGUGCUCAGCUCAGAGUGGUUAGGCGUCCUCAAAGCCCUUUGCUGCUCUUCCAAUCAUGUUUGGGGUUUCAAUGAUCUCCUUUGCAGUGUAGAUGUCAGUGACCUCUCAUUCCAUGAUUCACUGGCCACCUUCAUUGCUAUUCUGAUAGCCCGGCAAUGUUUUUCCCUGGAGGAUGUUGUCCAGCAUGUGGCACUUCCUUCACUGCUUGCCGCAGCUUGUGGAGAUCCAGAUGCUGAGCCAGGAGCAAGAAUGACAUGCCGACUUCUGCUUCAUCUCUUCCGAACCCCGCAGGUCUGUUUGUUACCUCAAGCGACAGGGAAGCCUUUCCCUGGAAUUCGUUCUUCUUGUGAUCGUCACCUUUUAGCUGCUGCUCACAACAGCAUAGAAGUGGGAGCUGUCUUUGCUGUCUUAAAAGCAAUUCUCAUGCUUGGAGAUGCCGAAAUUGGUAGCAACAGUAACGCUAACGCCUUAAAAAGUGAGGACUUCACUAUGAGGGGCUUACUUGACGACAUGAAUGAUGAGGAUAUUUGGAAUGCCUCGCAAUCCAUGAAACCAUGUGGGAAAGUGGUUUCCAUAGAAACCGCCAGUUUGAGCGAAUACGCUCGCUACGUCCUACGAACGAUCUGCCAGCAGGAAUGGGUUGGAGAACAUUGUCUGAAAGAGCCUGAGAGAUUGUGUACAGACAAGGACCUUAUACUGGACCCUGUUCUUUCACACAAACAAGCGCAGAAAUUGCUACAGCUGAUCUGUUAUCCUCAUGGCAUCAAAGAAUGUACAGAGGGUGAUGAUGUCCAAAGACAACAUAUUAAGCGCAUCCUUCAGAAUCUAGACCAAUGGACUCUCAGACAGUCCUGGCUGGAACUCCAGUUAAUGAUCAAACAAUGCAUGAAGGAGCCUGGUUCUGGGUCUGUGGCUGAAAUGAACUGCUUGUUGGAUAAUAUUGCAAAGACGACAAUAGAAGUGUUUCAGCAAUCCGCUGACUUAAACAAUAACUCUUCUAACUCUGGUAUAGGCCUCUUCAAUCCAAAUGCUAUUGGAAAUGGCGACACAAGUAACACAAGGCAGAAUGGUAAAAAGGCAUUCUUAAGUUCUUCUGAACGCAGGGGUGUGUGGCUGGUAGCACCCCUCAUUGCAAAGCUGCCCACUUCCGUUCAAGGUAGGGUGCUAAAAGCUGCUGGGGAAGAACUGGAAAAAGGACAGCACUUGGGAUCUUCCUCAAAGAAGGAAAGAGAUAGACAAAAGCAAAAAAGUAUGUCUCUCUUAAGUCAGCAACCUUUCCUCUCCUUGGUACUUACCUGCCUUAAAGGACAAGAUGAGCAACGAGAAGGACUGCUAACAUCCCUGCAAAACCAAGUUAAUCAGAUUUUAAGCAAUUGGAGAGAAGAACGUUACCAGGAUGAUGUUAAAGCAAGGCAAAUGAUGCACGAGGCGUUACAACUCCGUCUUAAUUUGGUAGGAGGAAUGUUUGACACUGUGCAAAGAAGUACCCAGUGGACCACAGACUGGGCACUUCUGCUCCUUCAGAUAAUUACAUCAGGAACUGUUGACAUGCAGACUAACAAUGAAUUGUUCACCACAGUUCUUGACAUGCUGGGUGUCCUGAUCAAUGGAACCUUAGCCUCUGACCUGUCAAGCUCCUCUCAGGGUGGAGCUGAAGAAAACAAAAGGGCCUACAUGAAUCUCGUGAAGAAAUUAAAAAAAGAGCUGGGUGACAAGCGGUCAGAGAGUAUCGACAAAGUUCGCCAGCUGCUGCCUUUGCCCAAGCAGACCUGUGAUGUCAUCACUUGUGAGCCGAUGGGAUCCUUGAUUGACACAAAAGGCAACAAAAUCGCAGGAUUUGACUCCAUAGAUAAGAAACAGGGUCUCCAAGUGUCCACAAAACAGAAAGUAUCCCCAUGGGACUUAUUUGAGGGUCACAAAAAUCCAGCUCCACUCUCCUGGGCCUGGUUUGGGACCGUUCGAGUGGACAGAAAAGUGAUCAAGUACGAGGAACAGCAUCAUCUUCUCCUCUACCACACUCACCCUACCCCCAAGCCCCGAAGCUACUACCUCGAGCCUCUCCCUCUGCCUCCUGAGGAGGAAGAUGAAGAGCCAGCCACACCAGUCUCUCAGGAACCAGAAAGAAAAUCAGCUGAGCUAUCAGAUCAGGGAAAAACUACAGCCGAUGAGGAGAAGAAAACAAAGGGAAGGAAGCGAAAGACAAAAUCAAAUCAAAGAGUUGAUGAAUAUCCACAGAACAACAUAUACCGAGUGCCUCCCAACUACUCACCAAUUUCCUCACAAAUGAUGCACCACCCUCAGUCGGCUUUGUGGGGCUAUAACAUCAUGGGACAACCGCAACAGCCCGGCUUCUUCCUGCAGAAUCAGUCACUUGCACCAGGUGGCUCCCGACUGGAUCCCACGGGUUCAUUUGUCCCCACCAACACAAAGCAAGCCCUCUCAAACAUGUUGCAGAGGCGUUCGGGUACCAUGAUGCAACCUCCCUCCAUCCAUGCAAUCACAUCCCAGCAGCAGCUGAUCCAGAUGAAACUCAUGCAGCAGCAGCAACAGCAGCAGCAGCAGCAACAGCGGCUCCUCAGGCAGCAAGCCCAGACAAGACCUUUCCAGCAGGGCCAGCCCCUAGACCAGGCUGCCAUUUUUCCUCCACAAGUACGACCAUCGUCCCAACUUCCUCAAUAUUCAGGGUUGCAACAGGCACAGGCAAUGCCUCAUGGCUAUACCAUGUACAGUACUCAGAUGCCUCUCCAACCACAACAACAGGCUGGUGGGGUGGUCCUCUCCCCCGGCUACAACCCGAGAACGUAUCCAGCCACACAUUCCAACCCAGCACUGAUGGAGAGGCUCCGGCAGAUGCAGCAGCAACCACCAAGUGGGUACAUCCAGCAGCAGGCCGCCGCCGCUGCCGCCUACCUUCAGCCCCUGCCAGGGUCUCAAAGACUUACCCAUCAACCUUUACAACAAAGUCCUUUGGUUGGUGGGGGACUGGAUGCCGUAUUGACCACCGCACCCCAUCCAAACCUCAAUUCUGUGCCGUUGCCUCAAGACCAGAUGAGACAAAGACAGCAACAAAUCAGACAACAGAGGCUCCUUCAGUUACAGCAGCAACAGCAGCAGCAGCCCCAACAACAGCAACAACAGCAGCAGCCCCAACAACAACAGCAGCAGCAGCAGCAGCCCCAACAACAGCAGCAGCAACAGCAGCAGCAGCAGCAACAGCAGCAGCCUCAAGGUCAGCAGACACUGGGACUCCAACCAAUGCAGCCACAGCAACCUUUGUUCCCCAGGCAAGGCUUACAACAAACACAGCAGCAACAGCAGACUGCAGCAUUAGUCCGACAACUCCAGAAGCAGCUUUCUAGUAACCAGCCGCAGCAAGGAGUAACUCCAUAUGGGCAUCCUUCACACUUUUGAAACGUGGCCGAAGAAAUGAUACCUAGUUUGAUGUUUGCACUGAAGAAUAGCAAAUCAAAUCCAAUGCACUAGUUAUUCUUAUAAAUUUUCGGUUUUUUUCCUAUGGUUUAUUUUUGCCUCAAUUUUUUUUUUUUUGGUACUACAUCUAAUGAAGCUUUAACAAAAAGCAGAAAGACUCUUUGUUUGGGUUUGUUGCAUUCAGCUUUAAAAUCAUUUCCUGAGUUUGCUUCAUCUGGGCAAACUUCCAAGAAGAGUUCUGUGGGGAAGCAUUUGAAAUUGGUGCUUUUCUGAAUCUUCGCAUUUCAAAAAGAAUGAAGAAUCCUGGAUCUUACCUUUUUAUUUAUUAGUAGCAAAGCAUUUUGGGAGGAGCUGCGCUGGACCAAAUUGCUCAGUUGAAAGGCGGGACAGAUUUUGAGAUGCAGGUUGACUUGCUCAUUAAGUGCUCACCUCUCACAUCCUUUAACAGUGAAAAGGACAUUUCUAUUCAUUUUAAAUGUUUGUAAUUUCAUAAGCACUUUAUAAACUUUUUUUGUUGUUGUUGUGAUUCAAUGACAGAAUUUUGUUCUCUCACUUUCCUUGUGGUCAGAAGGUGCUGAAAACAGUUUCUUGCUUAUAUUUAAAUUUCCUAGGAGUUACGAUAAAGCUGCAAGCUGAGGUUCUUAAACCUCAUUAGCGGUAACUGUGUUCUAAAAUUGCUUUCAAGCGGGAAUCUCCAUGACAAGGGGCUUUUAGAGAUGGACAGAGAAUCAUUUCCAAAGGCCUGGAUUUACCACAAUGGAAUCACUAUUAUUUCAUGCGUGAGCCGGCAAGAUGACUGGCCAAGUUCUUUCCUAAAUUUACCAGCUUAACAAAAGUCCCUGUCCCCAUCCUAGGCAAGUUCUUCAGAGCUGUUCUGAAGCUUUGUAGUGCUCAGCCAUGGCACAGUUUCCCCAAAAUCCGGCCCUAAGGCCCCCAAAGCUAUCCCUCUCAUAAGAUAUACUUAGCUGUUUUGUUUUGGUUUGGUUUUUUGUAUGGUAAGUAUUUGCUCUUUUGAACUUAAUUAUUAUCGUUAGUGUCAGUCCUGGUUGUGUAUUGCCUAUACUGUAUUUAUAAAUCGGUGCAAAAAAAGCACAAGUAAAUUAUACAUGAGAUUUAUUAUAGAGAAAUAAUAACUAUUUUAACUUUGUUCAAGUAUGUGGUAAUUUGCUCAUAUUAGAGUAAAAAUUACGGUAAAUGAUUAUCAGUUUGUGUAACUUAAGAGUAUUCCAUAUGAUAUUUUUUUAGAAUUAGAUGCACAAAUUUUGAAUGUGAAAAUUGCAGGGCAUUUUAAAAACAUAUGGGGAUAUUUUCCCUGGUCUGUAUUCAUUCUUUUUUUUUUUUCCUUUUGCCAUAUGAUUUUACAUGUACAAUAGUCAAACAUACUGUGAAUAGAUGUCUAUACUGAGCAAACUGCAUAGAGCGGCAUUUUCCCAUGAAUGCCCCUAAUUCCACAGUAGGUGGUGAUUUUGUUUUAAAAUGCAUUCUCUAGGUGAUUUGUAUUUUCUGUAUGAGUGACUCAUUGCACAUUUUGACAAAUGCAAAUAACCUCCGAUUCACAACUGCUUACUUUUGCCGUGGUAACAUUCAUGUGGACUGCUUUGUACACUGUGAAAUCCUCCAUUCCAGCCUGCGUAUUCUCAGUUGACUCCGGGCUGGGGAAGACUUUGCCAAAACAUUGAGACCAUUGUCAUCCUUGAAUUAACAGUCUGUCUUUCUUUUCAGAACAUCUGUCUAUAAAAUUCAGUUUUUAGUUUUGAGAAUCAUCCUUAAUGUUAGUGAAGCUAUUCAAUUAAUCUCUACUUGUUACUCAAAUAACAUCACCAUGUUGACAAAAUGACUAGAAUGUGACUCUCAUGCGUAGUUAGUUAUGUUUCUUUUUUCAUUCCCUCUGCCCUUUGAAAUCACUGGCAUUAAAAAUGCCAUUCUUAGGUGUUUGGGGAUAUUUUUUUUCUGACUUAGCUCAAAGAGCAAAUGACAGUAAUACUCUUUUUAGAAUAAUUGUUACAAUCGCAUAGCAUUUGUAAGCACUUUAUAUUUUGCAGAAGUUAUUUCGAGUAAUUUAUUAGUUGUAACUCACAUGAAAAACCUGAGAGAGAUCGGUAUGAUGUCCAUUGGAGGCUGAGGAAGGCAAAUCACUGAAGGAGACCCCAUCACUCAUGGACCAUGUGGGAUGUGGGUUAUAAAGUUAAGGCCAGAAAUCAGGUUCCUAAAUAUUGAUCCUGAAGAGGGGAAAAAAACCUAUCCCCAAAAUCAAUAAGCCCACACUUUAUUUUUCUCAAUUAAUUUUCAUCCUAAGACUUUUAAAAAAUAAAUGCAACAUUUUGCACUCAAAUGACUGGUAUUUAACCCCAAGUAAAAGCCUGUAGGAUACCCAUUGAUGCAUCCGGAUUAUUCGUAUGAUGAGGGGAGGAAGAGGAAAUUUCUAUAGUUUGGAGAACAGAAUCCUCAUCCCGUUUCAAAAUAGGAACUAAAUUCCUAUUGGUAUAGAGCAGCUACUAGAUCUUUUGAAUUUAAAUGACCCUUUCUCCUUUACCAACAUCAGUUCAUUUCAUGUAUAUGGGUGUAUGUAAAUAUUCCACACACACACACACACACUCUCACGGAUUCUAUUUACCCUUAACUUGGCAGGAAGUGGAGACAAGUUAAUAUAAUAAAUGGCAUCUCUUGAUCCAUCCCAACAGGGUAGUCAUCAGAUGAUCUCGAUAGUAGGGCAAUUAAAAUGUUAUCCUAUUUAAAGCAUGUCUAACAAUGGAGACAGGCCAUUGUUUGUGUUUUUCAUGUGCUAAGAGGUAGGGCGUUUAAAACAUAAACACUGACAUGCAGCCACUGGUAGAUGAACCAUCCAGUCUAUGUAUUCCCUGUGGGAUUGGCAUUUGGUAGUGAUGGGGGAGGGUCAGGUAAGGGAGUAAUGAACCAUCCUCUAUUUUAAAUGCUCGGAGAUGAACUGAACAAACCCUGUAGAACCUUCCAAUUUAUUGGCCCAAUUUUCCUUCCUUAAAAAAGGUAGGCAUUUAAAUUUAUGAUAGAAGAUUUAUGCUGGAAGAUCCUACCGUUAGAGCUAAAAAGAGGUUAAUGACCUAUAACUUUCCUAAAAUAUCUUAAUUCCUGUUGAAUUGAUCACUUAAUAUGAAUGCAAUUCAGUGAAUUAAAAACGAAAGCAUUUCAUAAAAGAUGACUGAAUUAUCUUUCAAUUUGAAAUGCAAUGAAAUUUCAUUUUAUAGCCUAUAAGUUCCCCAUUUAACAUUUUCUCAUAAAGAAAUUAUCUAUUUUUUAAAGGCUAAAUUAGUUCAUAAUUCAGCAUGGCAUUCUCUGGAGAGAAGAAACAGCAUGGUAGAGUGGAUAGUAAGGUGAGAAAGACCUACCUCAGGUCCUGCUUCUGACACCUCCCUGUGCCUGUGUGAUCAUGGGCAGGUCAUUUAACUUUGCAGUGCUCUAGGCAACUUGGAUUAGACAUUCAAGAUGAGUGACCCAUUUUUAUUGAUGAAGAUAGUUUACAUAGUGAAUGGAAACAAACAUCUUAACAGGAUACUCACAAAUCAGGACUAAAUCCUCUCUUUCCCUCUUCUCUUCUUCCCACCUUCCCCCUCUUAUGUCUCUGUCUCUCCUGAUCGUCUUUCUAUCCUCCUUCCCUUCCCUUUCUCCCUCUCUCUCGCCUUCUUUUCUUCUCCCCCUUUUCUCUCCCCCUCCUCCUCCUUUUCUCUAUCCCCCUCCUCUUCCUCUUUCCCUUCCCUCCCUUCCUCCUUCCCUCUCUCAUCUUCCUUUCUCUCCCUCCCUUCCUUCCCUCUCUCUCUUUCCUUUUCCCUCUUCCUACCCCCCUUCUUUUCAUCCCCUCUCACCCCCCUCCUCCUUUUCCCUCUCUUUCUCACUCAUAUAUCCACAUACAUACACACAUUUCUAAAGCUUGGGGUCUCUAGACUUCCUGUUUUCAAAGUUUCCUUGUAUCAUUAGUAGAGAGAUUGUUGGAUCAUAAUUGCCUCUUCCUUUACAUUAUUUAAGUUGUUACAUUUUAAAUUUGAAAGAGUCUGACAGCAUUUAUUGUUAAAAAUAGAGCUAUUAAGACUUUUUAAAAAAAAUUCCCCAUCAAAGACAAUUUACGGUGUGAAAGUAUAAUAUGCCAUGAGUAAGACAGUUCAACAUUUCUCUUCUGUAGGCUUUGACAAAAUAUUUAUAAACAAAUUAUAAACUAUCUGUACAUCAGGAUGGUAGUUUACCACUCAUGACACAGUGAUCUUACUUGCUUUUCCAUAAUGUGGGUGCCAUGCUUAUAGUGAUACAAGAUGGAUACUAGGCAACUGUAGGGGUGGAGGAGUAGGUUUAUCCUUUACUGAAGAAUUCAGGUACAUUCAAGAUUUCUUAUUUUGUGGGAAAAUAGUUUUAUUGGUCAUUAUUAUUUGUUGGCAAAAUAAAAGUGCCUUAAGUUAAAGUUUGUUUUGCAACCCAUUUGGUCUUUGAAGAAAUCAGUAGGAGUUCAUCAUGCAAGAUUUUUUUCAAAGUUUUUUUUUUUUUUUGCAUGUCCAUUGUAAAUUUAAUACUGUAAAUGUAUUUAAAAUCAUUUACAUGCCUAUGGCUGCCUUUGAUUAAACUUCUUCCCAAAAUAGA